AUGCUUCAUAUUCGUUGCUUGAGAUUCAUCGCAUUCAAAAGUGAUCGGAUUGUUUAAAAUUUUGCUGUGUUUCUCGGCUCUGAUCCCUGUUCAUUCAACAAAAAUCAACCAUGCGUGAGUGUAUCUCCGUCCAUGUGGGCCAAGCCGGGUGUCAGAUCGGUAACGCCUGCUGGGAGCUGUACUGCUUGGAGCACGGUAUCCAGCCUGAUGGCCAGAUGCCGAGCGACAAGACCAUCGGCGGCGGGGACGACUCCUUCAACACGUUCUUCAGCGAGACCGGCGCCGGCAAGCACGUUCCCCGCGCCGUCUUCGUGGAUCUGGAGCCCACCGUAGUCGGUAAGGCCUUAACUUAG